AUGCCAUGGAACAUUGUAGCCAGCCAACGGUUUAUCCCCAAAGGACGUGGAUCCCAACGGUUUGCCGUCCAACAUGACCAUACCACCAUCACCACCGCCAUAUCCGAUCCAGAAAACCCAUCAUGGGAUGCGGCGCAGCAGGCGAUGAAGCAGGAGAUCAUCCAUCGAGAGCAGCAGAUCGACGCCGCGGAACGAGAACGGAUCCGUCCCCACGAGUCCCGCGAGGUCAACCCAUGGGUCGAACGGAUGGGAUGGGCCGAUCAUUUGUUAGAGGAGGAUCGAGGCACAUUACGGGCAUUGUUACAACGACCCGAUCCCGAACAAGAGCCCAUAUUGGCCGAGAUUGACGAGCGAUUUCACCGGAUCGUCAUGGUCGCGCAGCGCACCACAUUGACGCGGUUGAACAUAUUCAGUCGAUUUGAGAUGCACCGGAAACAGGUGGAUCAGAUGCCCCAACACCCGUUCCAAGCGCGGAUGGUGGCCGGCACCAUUGAACAGUACAUCGAGGUGUGGCAACGGAUCAUCCGGUAUAUCAUGCGCAGUGUGAGUACCGGCGACGUCCGAUUUCAGUUCCAUGCCACCCAAUGCGAGACCAUCCACCAGAUCCGGCAGGCCAUGUCCGAGGACGAGAGCACCCAUUCCCCCGUCCAUGCCACCGAGGAGAUGGAUCCCACCGACCAGCCAUUGGAUGCCGUCGAUCGUGCCAUAUUGACAUGGUGCAUCGCCAUGUUGGACCAUCGAUUACAGGGUCAGCACGGGCAGGAGUUCGUGAACGGCAUCAUCAGCGGGUUGGCCGCCAUGGGGAUCCGGGAGUCGGGUGGAUGGGAGACGGCGUUGGCAUUUACCCCCAAGUUGUCCGCCAUGAUCAAGAUUGCCCGCAUGUUAGUCGCGCAACAGGCAUGGGAGGAAAGCGAGGCCCAUGCCGGAUUGUCCGAUUGUUUCGUGGCAUUACGCGGGAUGAUGUUGCGAUUUAUGACCACCAUGGAACCCACCCCGAUGAAGUGGAUGUUGGAUUCCCGCACAUACGGCAUGAAAAUCCGGUACGGCACCACGGCGGAUGGGUUGAUUGAAUGGCACGGAGACCGCAUCACAUACCAGCAUCAUCGGUUUACCAUGGAUCAAUUGCGGGAGACGGUGCAUGGCAUUAUCAACCGGGCAUGGGACCAUUUGACGCAGGACGUAUUGUUGUUUCCCACCGACCAUCGAUUGCCAACCAUCGCAUGGGAGACCAUGGAGACCAUGCCGUCGAGGAUCAACCCGGGUGGUAUUUUGCCCAGGAUCCCCGCAAUGCAUGGGACGUGGAUGACACAUGGUGGUUACACGACCGCAUAUGGCAGGAACCCGGAUUCCGACGCGCAUUCAUCCACGCCGAGCGUCCAUCCGGCACAUCCGCCACCCACGCAUGGCGCCCCCGUCGAGUGCAGCAGUGGAUGCGAGCCGUGGGACGGAUGA